GGUUCACACCAGAUUACAUUGUUGUCAUUUUUGUGCUAUGUACUGAUUUUGAAAAAGUUUUACUUACUUUUGCCAAAAAUGGAGUUUAAAAAGGAAUCUGGUUCAUUUUCAAUUGCACCAGGUUUCUGUCCGGAUUGUGGAACAAUUUUACCAUUAUGCCCUGAAACAGGAGCAGUUACUUGUUAUUCCUGUGAGAGAUCAUGGGACCCCGAAAAAGUUUUUGGGUCAAUGGAAAUGUCUUAUAGGAUUCCAUUUAUAGACAGAAAAACUUGCGAAACUUCAAAACGUGGUGAGGGUGAAAAUGAGGAAAAACCGGAUGGCCCAAUAGUGGAGCGACAAUGUCCACAGUGUAAAAACGACAAAAUGUCUUAUGCCACUUUGCAACUGCGAUCAGCAGAUGAAGGGCAGACCGUUUUUUUCACCUGCACGAAAUGCAAAUUCAAAGAAACGGAAAAUUCAUAAUGGGCUUCUAGAUUUGGAAGCUUUGUGUACAUACUUGUGACUGUGUCGUUCCUUUCCUUUGGAAAUCGACUAACGGAAUCGAGAAAGUGGGGAAUAAGAGCAGAGGGAGUUUUUAUUAAAACAUAGACCUUUAUUUGAAUACACUCAACAAAUAAUCGGUAGUGAAUUUCCAAGCAACUUUGAAAAACUACGGGUUAGUCCGCACAGUUUUGUCGCAACAGUAUUUUCUCUACUUCAGUUAUACGUUAAUUAAGUAAUCUUGUAUGUACAACGAGUUCGAGAUAAGAAUUAACAAUUAUUUUAAUAAAUUCACUUUGAUCCACCCUCAAAAAUGCAUGCAGUGGUCCUUGAUUUAAAAAACUUUAAUAUUUUAAACGUGAUAGUCGCUUAUUUACACUACUGUGCAUUUUGUUUCGUUACAUCUCUGAUUAGAUUGAAUGUCGUCGUCGGCUUAACGAUAACAAUUUGUAGAUAUGCUAUCUUAAAGUUGAUAAAAAUAAAUGAAUGAUUAAUUGAG